AACCCCGCAGGACGCAGGCCGGGACCCAAUCUGGCUUCUUAGCUACUCGACUACUCUACUACUACUGGUCGACUGUCCCCGUGGCGCUUGCUUCCUCACUGUGCAUUUUUUAAUCUUUCACGCCCCCAUCCUUCCCUUCCCCCAUAGUGGCUAAAGUUGGCAGACUUCGCUUUGCCUUUUUGCUGACGAGAACAUCGGAAGAGCAAGCGAGCCAGCAUCGCCCGCCACUUGCUUUUCCUUUUCUCCUUCCCCACGAUCUCAUCCUCCCCGCAAGUAGACCUUCGUCUGCGCCAUCCCUUCCCUCUUUCUUCAUCAUGCCUUUCACAACCAAGGCAAGCGACGUCUGGGACGAGAACCAGCAGGCGGUCAUGCUGGCCGUGGCUGAUGCCUUUGUGCCUCACCUCGAUGGUCCCGAGGCUGCCCGUGUUGUCGCUUCGCUCCCUCCCACGGCGACGGACCGGCAGCGGGAGCUGGUGGCCCAGUUUGCCGCCGACGGAUUCAAAGACUACCCGUACCUCCUCGACCGGUUCGCGCACCAGGCCCGCGUCUCGCUCUCGGCCUCGACGCUGUGGCAGAUCAACCUGACGCUGAGCGCACUCGCCACCCGGCCCGGCUGCCUGGCCCUCACUGGCCGCUUGGGCCCCUUCCAGGCGCUCGACACGCCCACGCGUGCCGCGAUCCUCAAGGGCUGGGCCGCCUCGCCCCUCGCUCUGCUCCAGAAGGCAGCUGCCGGCUUCAAGGGCUUGUCCCUCAUCGUCUUUUACCGCUUCCACCAGACGGCUUGGGAGGCAGUCGGAUACAGCGAUGGCCAGGCCAGCGACUGGAAGGAAAAGGUCCAAGCGGAGAAGGAGGAACCCCACUACCCGUACGUGUUUGAAAACGACAAGAUCGCAGCGACGUCUCCCGGUGUCGACGUCGAGCUCGACACCGAUGUCCUCAUCAUUGGCUCGGGCGCCGGUGGCGGUGUCGUAGCAAAGUAUCUGACGGAGCGGGGGCUGCGCUGCCUCAUUGCUGAAAAGGGCACUUACAUGCGCCCCGCCGACGUGACGGGACGAGAGGACCAAGGCUACCCCGAGAUGUAUGAGGCAGAGGGCCUGAUGCCCGUCGAGAACGGGAGCGUAAACGUGCUUGCCGGCUCCACGUUUGGAGGAGGCACCACGGUCAACUGGUCUGCGUCGCUCAAGCCUCGUCAUUACGCCCGCGAGGCUUGGGCCACCAAGCACGGCCUGCCUUACUUCAGGGGCCCUGCCUUCAGCGACGACCUCAACGCCGUCUGCGGCCGCAUGGGCUGCUCCACGCACGCCAUCAAGCACAACAUCGCCAACUCGCUCCUGGCCCUGGGCGCCCAGCGAGCCGGCCAGCCCGUCGAGGCGGUGCCGCAGAACUCGGGCGGCCACGUCCACUACUGUGGCAAGUGCCAGCUCGGCUGUGUCAGUGGCCACAAGCAGGGCGGCACCGUCACCUGGCUCCGCGAUGCAGCCGAGACGGGCAAUGCCGGCUUCGUUCUCAACUGCAACAUCGACCGUGUUCUCUUUGACAAGUCUGGACGCAAGGCCAUUGGUGCCCUUGCCACCAUCGAUGGACGAAAGGUGACGAUCCGUGCCAACAAGGCCGUCGUGUCCUCGGCCGGCUCGAUCCAGACGCCCGCCGUGCUGCUCCGAUCGCCCGAGCUCAAGUACAACAAGCAGAUUGGCCAGCACCUGCACCUGCACCCCACCACGACCGUCGUUGGCUUCUACGAUUUCCCCAUCAACCCGUGGGAGGGCAGCCUGCUCACGAUGGUGUCCAAUGCCGCCGAGCUCGUCGAUGCCGAGGGUUGGGGAUGCAAGAUCGAAGUCAUUGCUUCGUCUCCCUCCAUCCACGCCGCCUUUUCCAACUACGAAGACUCGACGGCGCACAAGGCCGCCAUGCUCCGCUACAGCCACUCGUUUACCAUCAUUGUCAUCUGCAGGGACCGCGACGGUGGCCGCGUCUUCAUCGACAACGAGGGCAAGGCACGGAUGGACUACAGCAUCAGCAAGCACGACCAGCAGUCGCUCCUCCAGGGCGUCCUCCGCGCCACGGAGAUCCACAUGAUGGCGGGCGCAUCCCAGAUCUCGACGUGCCAGGUCGGCAUGGCGCCCUACAAGCCUGCCCUCACGUCUGCCGGCGGCCACCCGGACGUGGGCGGCAAGGUGCUGCCCGAGAGCACGACGCUGCCGUCGACGGCGACGCCCGUCGAGGCGCUCCCACGCAGCCUCAACGAAGACGGCUACCGGGCCUGGCGAAAGGGCAUCGAAAAGGCCGGCGUCGCGCCCAACUGGUGCACGACGGGAAGCGCACACCAGAUGGGCUCCUGCCGGAUGGGAAGCAGCCCAAAGACGUCGGCCCUCGAUCCCGAGGGACGGGUGUGGGGCGCCAAGAACCUGUAUGUCGCCGAUGCGAGCUGCUUGCCAGAGGCCAGCGGCGUCAACCCCAUGAUCACGACAAUGGCGACGGCCCGGGGCGUCGCGAGGAACAUUGCAAAGGACCUCGGCGUCGAGCGGCCAGAGAACCUGACUGGCCCGAACAUGAGGGAGUCGCGCAUCUAGAGUGUGAACCUCUUUUGCUUUUCCCGUCCUGCCCAGCCUCUCUUCUCUCUUAGUAGUACCUCUCCUCUCGCAUGUGCUGUCAUGUCAAGUCCUGCAAUGUCAUGCUGUCUCUGCCCAGAUCUCCU